AUGAACCGUAAUCUAACCAUUAUAUCGGGCUCAUCGCAUCCAAAUUUUGCCGAUUUGGUGGCUGAGCAAUUGGGCUUUACUCCACAUCAUGUUUUGCGUGGCAAAUUUGCUAAUGGUGAGAUCCGCUUCGAGUUGCUGGAGUCGGUACGCGGAUCCGACGUCUAUGUGAUUCAGACCAGCUGUAGUCCAAUAAACGAUAUGUUAAUGGAACUCCUGAUUAUGGUGCAAACAUGUCGUUAUGCAUCGGCUAACAGGAUUACGGCGGUUAUACCAUUUUUCCCUUAUAGCCGUCAAGAUAAAAUGUUUUCGUGGCAGCAGCCUAUAACCGCCAAAUUGGUGGCAAAUAUGUUAUCCGUGGCUGGGGCUAAUCAUAUAGUCACCAUGGAUUUGCACGCGGCUCAAUUGCAGGGCUUCUUUGAUAUACCCUGCGAUAAUCUGGCAUCGAUAGUGACCCUGAUCCCAUGGAUACAUCGAUACAUACCCGACUGGCAGAACGGAGUCGUAGUGGCCCCCGACAAUGGCGCUGUUAAGAUAGCCACCAAGUUAAGGGAUAGCUUGAACUUGCCAAUGGCUUUAAUCCACAAGCAGAGGCGUCAUAAGAAUGCCCGCUAUGAAUUGGUUUUAGUUGGCGAUGUUCAUGGGAAGGUGACAAUUGUGGUCGACGAUAUGAUCGACACAAGUAAUACCCUUUGCUUUGCCGCCGAACGCCUGAAAGAGGCGGGUUCUUCGAAGAUCUAUGCCAUUGUUACCCAUGGCAUAUUCUCUGGCGAUUCGAUACAAAAACUCAACGAUUCGGACUACGAACUUGUCAUUUGCACUAAUACAAUUCCACAGGCAGCCGAGGUCAGCCAAAAGGUGGACAAAAUUUUGGCAAAUAAUCCCUUUGCAUUAACAGGUAACGCUUGGAAGAAGAAGCGAGCCGAAAUAACGCCUGGCUUGACUGCCAAACGUGUGGGUGCCAUCUAUCCUGUAACUCAAAGCGUGUGUCGCCAGUUUGUUGACUACAUCAAGGGGCAACAACUCAUGGCUUCAUCGGAAGGCCUAAAUGCCAAGGAUCUUUGUCUCUGUUAUACUACCGAAGUCGUUGCGGAUUGUGUUCUAGGCAUUAGUGCAAAAAGUUUCACUGAUAAUCCCACGCCACUGGUGGACAUGAUUAAGCGCGUGUUUGAGCAAUCUUUCGGGCUUAAAUUCUUUACGAUGAUUGCCAACAUUUGGCCACCAAUAAGAAAGUUUUUCACUGUUGGACUUUUUGCCAAGGAUGUGGAAGAAUUCUUUUUUGAUCUGAUGCAGAAAUGUAUUUAUUUGCGACGUCAAGAUCCAAAGCUACAGGAUCGUACUGAUUUUCUCAACUACAUGCUGCUGCAUUUACAGGAUAAAAAGGGUUUAAACACUCCGGAGUUGAUUUCGCAUACCGUGAGUAUUCUUACUGAUGGCUUUGGGACUACCGCAUUGGUACUGGCUCAUACAUUAUUGCUGUUAGCUCGUUAUCCCGAGGAACAACGAAAAUUAAGAGAGGAACUUGGUAACAGUAACGUGACGUUUGAAAAACUUAGUGAGCUGCCUUUUCUAGAUGCCUGUAUAAAUGAAACACUUCGCCUGAUUCCACCACUUUUGUCUGGUCGUAAGAUAGUAACCGAAUCCUAUGAUUUUGUUAAUAAGAAUGGUGUCCGAGUGCGCGUGGAACCUGGUGAUGCUGUCAUUGUUCCUGUCUAUUCUUUCCACCAUGAUCCACAAUACUAUGAUGAGCCUGAAGAAUUCAAGCCCGAGCGUUUUCUAGAGAUCAAUGGAGGUGUCCGAAAGUACAGAGAUCAAGGGGUCUUCUUUGGCUUCGGUGACGGGCCAAGAAUUUGCCCAGGUAUGCGUUUUGCUCUAACACAAAUGAAGGCAGCUUUGGUCGAAAUUUUACAGAAUUUCAACAUAAAGAUCAAUCCAAAGACCCGCAAGGAUAAUGUUUUAGAAGAUACUUACUUCAUGGCAUCAUUAAAAAAUGGCAUAUGGUUAAAUUUCGAAGCAAUACAAUAACUACAAUAUUAAGAAUUGAAUAUGUACAUAAGCUUCGCAAUCAAAAUCC